UAAUAUUAUGGUUUAAAAUGCAACCUUUUUAACACGACGCGCACCAACAUAACUUAACUUUACGUCUUAACUCAGUUAACUUAACUUACUCCAAAGGAACACCGAAGUAAAUACAUAAUCACCGAAAUUUAACACACCGCCGUAAAUUCAUAACUAAAUAGUACAAAUUUUUUGUUGGUGUUAUAAUCAAGCUUAAUUAUGUAUUAUUAUUAGAAAAUUCUGGACAUGUGUUUCCUUUAUUAAUAUUGUUAAAAUGUAUUAAUUGCUGACCCAUGCAAUACUGUGUGAAUAUGAGCAAAUUUGUUCUUAUAAAUAUGUACAAAGUUAAAUUUGCAUGGGCAUAUUAUUAAUUUUUUGUAAAUAUAUACACACACACACAUACAUAUAUAUAUUUAAAUCUACAAACUGAACUAUUACCGAAUCAAUAUGGGUCUAAAGCCAGGAAAGAAAUGGGAUGUUUCAAAGUGCUCAGAAACGUUUAAGACCGAUGACACGUUGACUAGACAUAUGGCAAAGCACAAUCCUGGUGCGAAGGUGAAAUGCGAGGUGAGGGUACUAAUUUGCAAAAUACAGUUUGCGGGGAAAUUUCCAAAAGUAGACGGGCUUUGUCUCACCACGUGUGGUAUUUUCACACCAACCGGAAGCGACCAAGUUGUGACACCUGUCACCGAGUAUUUGGCACCCUUGCAGAUUUACGUCGGCAUAUUAAAGCCGUCCACAGCACGGCGGAACGACCCCGUUUCCCAUGCACGUUUCUCGAAUGUGAGAAAAUCUACCAAACAAGGAGUGGUCUUCAGCAGCACUUCAAAACGGAACAUGCUGAGAAUCCGGUCCGAUUUCCGUGCACACUUUGCCGAAAGGAGUUCAAAACAAGGGACCAACUCCAGGGACACAUUUUCACCCACACGACGGAAAAGAUGUACACUUGUGCCACUUGUGGAAAGAGUCUCGCUUACAGGACAAACAUUGAAAGCCACGAGAAGACGCAUUUGGAAAAAUCUGUCCGAGAAGUGUCAAAGUGUCACAUCUGCCCUCAGACCUUCUUAAGUAGAGGUGCUCUACAACGCCACAUCCGAGCUGUGCAUGAAAACCAGAGGAAUUAUCCGUGCGAACUUUGUGACAAGAGAUUCUCCAACGCAUCCACAUUGAGGGUUCACGUGGAGGCAAGGCACCCCACGAAUAAGGAGCUGAUCCAUUCCUGCGACAAGUGCGAGUACAAGAGUCACUCGAAAGCCAAUUUUACCGCUCACAGAAAACGUCACAAUGCAGCGAAGCAUGAAUGUUACUUUUGUCAAAAGAAAUUUUUCAAUUUUUGCGAAUUGGUCAGACAUUGUGGUACAGUUCACACGCUGGAAAAGUAAAAAUACUUACGUAUGUAAUUGACUUAUCAAUAAUUUGCAAAUUUUUUUUUUACUAAAUUUACGACAUUUGGGAAAAAAUUUUGGUGGGAAACUAUGGGAUUAUCGUUACAGAGAUUGUGGACACGUCGUUGUGGGUGCACAUCCACUUAUGUACAUAAACGCGUUGAGCUUGUGUAAAAUUGAAAGCUAAUUAUCAUAGGGUUGAACGGCUUAAAUUAAUAAACCAGUUU